GUUCCGACCACACCAACACCAAUUGUCUUCUUCUUUGUCAUCGCCCAAGUCUCAGAAAAGCGGAGGACUAUUUGCCUUCGCCUCUGCCGCCUUCGACAGGAUCACAUCCGAGCCAACGGUGCGUCGUCGUCAGUCCAUCAGUGGACUCUCUGUCGCGCUUGAUUCACCUCCGAGCGCCCUUGACCAGACCACCGCCGACACGAUUGCUUCUCUUUCCAGGCUUCGUGCCUCCUCUAAUAACUCGUCAUCUUCUACGAACCCCAUCCUUCCGAGCUCACAAGUCGAGGCGAAGCGCUCCAGUCACCUGUCGCUACUGGGGGAUCCUAUUUCUAGGCCCUACACGGAGGCGAACCCAAACACAACACCACCCAUUCGGAUCCCUGCUUUAGAGAACAAGAUGCAUCAAACAUCUUCCAGGUUGCUCCGUAUGACGGAUGACGAGCGUCCUUUCACGAGGGACUUCAAGGACCUGUUUUCAACGCUCAUUGUUAGCUUGCUUCCGUUAUCGGCACAUCGAGUGCGACUGACCCGAGUCGAACACACAUUUCUGUCGGAAGAUGCAAUCAACAAUCUAGGCUCCCUCAAGUUCUCGCAGUCUAACCGCAUGCCGGACCCGAAAGACCCGUCGCGCAUUGUCACGACCACAACGACCACAACAUUUUCCAUGGCGAAAGACAUGGCUAGAAAUAUAUGCCAGCGUUUUCUCGACGCACGGUUCAUUGAGUCUGCCGACGGCAAAAAGCAAUCUACAUAUACCAUGAAGGGCUCUGUGUGGCAACUGACUUCCAAGGGCGUCUGCAUCUUGGAUCGGUUUUGCUCGAGGAACGGUAUUCAACAACGACAAAUUGGCGACCUCAUCGCAACAGGGGUGAGCAACUUGGUCAUUCUCGAAAGGGAGACUGCUUUAGACAAGCUAGUCAUGGACCGGGGGACGAUGGAAGUCGUCUUCAGGAGAUUCAUCGGUACCAGCGGCAUGAACAUCAAGAACAACGUAAAUGCAGCCGACAACGAGUCCCUGAGCGACUACAAAGAUGGCUUGACGGGCGUCAAGAUGGCGAGCGAACGUAAAGUGGCCGGUAAGACGUACAAGGACACAUUUACGGGCAGAGCUUGCUCAGACUGGCUCAUGGACUGCUGUACGACAGUGGCACGUGUCGAGAGCUACGAGAUGGCGGCUGCAUUUGUGGAAUACGAACUUAUGGAAGCCAUCCAACAAGACCGAGUCUACAUGGCGUCAUCUCCCUCUGCGGCACAUUUCCAACCAACGAAGAACGCCAUUUACCAAAUGACGGCCAAGGGCCGGGAGAUCAUCAACGGCGGUGGAACCCGAGGGCGGACGUCGGAAAGUGAGGGAGUGCAGCCUGCUCGUGGCGGCAUUGCUCGUGACUCCAACACGCAACGGCUUGACAAAAUUUUGACCGACGCUGCACUACGACUGCUCUUCCGCGAGAACCUGCGAGAGACGCACUGCGAGGAGAACUUGUCAUUCUAUUUGGACGUGGACGAAUUUGUACGCGGUUGCCGACAUGCCAUCCGAUCUGCUCAGAAGAAUCCCAAUGCCACGUCGAUGGAUGGCAUUAAGGAGAUCAUGGCCCAAGCCUAUGGCAUCUACAAUGCUUUCCUAGCCCCUGGCUCUCCUUGUGAGCUUAACAUCGACCAUCAACUUCGCAACAAUCUGGCGACUCGCAUGACAAAGGCCGUCGGACAGGACGUCGCCAUGAUCGACACGCUACACGAGGUAACAGCGCUUUUCGAGGAUGCUCAGAAUGCUGUUUUCAAGUUGAUGGCUAGUGACUCUGUACCCAAGUUCCUACGCAAUGCCAAAUAUGAGCAGACAUUAAAAAAUUAUGACUUUGACGCCAUUGCGGCUGCCCCUGGUCCUCCCGGUGCUCCCGGUGCUCCCGGUGCUCCUCGAAUGCCUGAGAGAAGCCAAAGCCGGUCCAACCGGAAGUGACGAAGAGCAUUGCUGGCCGGGGCCGGUCGUUAUGUCCACCGUUGCGGUAUGCGUUUCCCGGGCGUGCGACACUUGACGCGUGAUCAUUUCCCUCCUUACCUGACCGCUCAACGU